AUGCCAUCCUCGUUGUGCCGUAAAACGCAAACGACUGCACCUCGGCACUCCGAGGAGAAGCCUCGGAAUUCGAUUGAUCAAGUGCCACCCUCGCUGAUUCGGCGUUUGCUGCGUGAGUCUGCUGUCAGUAUAGCAUUAGACGCAACCAAUCUCCGCGACUUUCAGCUCUUCGAUGCGCAUGCCAACAUUCACGACGUCAGUGCAGAAUUCGAGUUGAGCUCCGUCCGAGUCGGAUCAGUUACGCGGUCAACAUGA